CCUUCUCGUCCUCUUUCCUUGCAUUGUGGUGAAGAUUUGGUUGUAAGGUUUCUUAUCCAACCUUACCAACCAUGGCGCCCAAACACAAUAACAUGAUACACAACAACCACUUCCACAAACAGUGGCAGAACUAUGUAAGAACAUGGUUUGAUCAACCUGGACGCAAGAAGCGCAGGCGUGUGGCCCGUGUAAAGAGGGCUUUGCAGAUUGCACCCCGUCCAGUUGCUGGUGCUCUGCGUCCGAUUGUGCGUUGCCCAACUUUCAAGUACAAUACUAAGGUCAGGGCUGGACGAGGCUUCACUUUGGAAGAACUAAAGGCUGCUGGCAUCUCUCGCAAAGUAGCUCCAACCAUUGGUAUUUCUGUUGAUCACAGAAGAAAGAACAGAUCAGCAGAAUCCCUUCAGGCAAAUGUACAAAGACUGAAGGAGUACAAGAGCAAGUUGAUUGUCUUUCCAAGGAAGGCUAGCAAACCCAAACAGGGAGACAGUGAGGCUGCUGAAUUGUCCAAUGCUGUUCAACUUCAAGGAGCAGUCAUGCCAAUCCAACAGUCUCGCCUGCCUAUCAAGGCUCGCAAGAUCACAGAUGAAGAAAAGAACACCAGUGUAUUCUGUAGCAUGCGUAUUGCUCGUGCCAAUGCCAGGUUGAUUGGCAUCCGUGAGAAGAGAGCCAGGGAGAAGGCUGAACAGGAUGCUAUGAAGAAGAAAUAAGUUGUGAAUAAAUGUCCAAAUUCAUUUGUUGCAAA